AUGGCACCAUCAGACAAAAUUCACGACACGGCGCUUCCCAUCAGGGAGCGUAUGGAGGCACUUAUCCGCCAGAAGCAGCAAGAAAUCACCACAGGCAUUGCCGAGUUGGACACCGUCGGCUUCCACACCGACUCGUGGGAGAGAGGUGAGCACGGCGGUGGUGGCCAGUCCAUGGUGUUACAAAACGGAACCACGUUCGAGAAGGGAGGUGUUAACAUCUCGGUGGUGCAUGGAACGUUGCCUGCUGCUGCUGUGGACCGUAUGAAGGCCGACCACCGCAACUUGAAGUCUUCCAGUGCUGACGGAAGCUUGAAGUUCUUUGCAUGUGGUCUUUCGCUUGUGAUCCAUCCCCACAACCCCCACGCCCCCACAGUGCAUGCCAACUACCGGUACUUCGAGACCCACGACCCUGAAACCGACGAAUUGCAGUCAUGGUGGUUCGGAGGCGGUUGCGACUUGACUCCUUCGUACUUGUACGACGAGGACGCCAAACACUUCCACCAGACCCACAAGGACGCGUUGGACAAGUACGACACCCUGCUCUAUCCCAAGUGGAAGAAGUGGUGCGACGAGUACUUCUUCAUCAAACACAGAAACGAAACCAGAGGUGUGGGAGGAAUCUUCUUCGACGACUACGACGAGUUGCCCGCAGACGACAUCGUGCGCUUGGUGGAAUCGUGCUUCGACGCCUUUUUGCCUGCCUACGUCCCAAUUGUCAACAGAAGAAAGGAUACCGAGUUCACCCCCGAACAGAAGAACUGGCAGCAGAUCAGAAGAGGCAGAUACGUGGAAUUCAACUUGGUGUUGGACAGAGGUACCCAGUUUGGCUUGAAGACCCCUGGGUCCAGAAUCGAGAGUAUUUUGAUGUCGUUGCCUGCCACUGCGUCCUGGGUGUACGACCACCAUCCCGAAGAGGGUUCCGAGGAAGACAGAUUGUUGAAGGUUUUGGCCAAUCCAGUCGACUGGCUCUAG